AUGGAAGGUUCUAGCAACUGUGGUACAGGUUGUGAUGGAAAGAGUGUAGCAAUGAUCCCAAAGAUUCAAAAGACUCUCAAUAUUGACUUGCCUUCUAGCUCUAUGGUUUCUGCGAAGGAGGGUUGUGAAUCACCUUUGUCAUCAUGGGAUUCUGAACCUGAAGCUGAUAGCAUGGAUUAUGGUUUUUCGUGGGAGAUAGACAAUAGAAGUUACGACGAGUUGCUCAAAAAGCUCAUUGAAAAGGAGGAAGAGCUAAGAGUUUCCAAUUUAAAACUUCAACUUUCGGAACAAGAGAAUAUCAAGUUGGUGGUUCAAGUUGAGAAUAGCGAGAUUCUGGUUGAUGAUGCGUGUGAAAAACUGAAGCUGAAAGAACAUGAGUUGAAUGAACAAAAGAAGCUUUUGGGAGAUGAGAUUGCAAAGUUGAAGAUUCAAAAUUUAAAAAGUGAGAAUCAACUUGAUGAUGUGCGCGGAGAAUUGGAGUUGAAAGAGAAGGAGUUGAAUGAGAAAAAAGAGAUUUCAGAACAAGAGGUUUUCAAAUUGAAGAAUCAAAUUAAAGAAUGUGAGAAUCAGCUUGAUAAUGUGCAGGGUGAAUUGAAUCUGAAAAACGAGGAGUUGCAAAAACAAACUGCUAAAUUGGAAACUCAUAUCGAAGAGGAAAAGAAAAAUGUGGCAAUAUUAAAAGGUGAGAUAGAAACCUUGGUUAGAACAAAUGAGGAUAAUGUCAAUAACCACCACAAAGAGUUGAGAAAAAUGAUUUCUGUACUGUUUGAUUUGCAAGUUAAGAAAAGAGACUUGGAUUCUGAUAUUGCAAGUUUGUCAAACCUGAAAAAACAAUUGAUCUCUAAAUUAGAGGAUUGUGAGUCAAGAAACAAGAAAUUAGAAGAAAAAGUUAAGCAAUAUGAAGCUGAAAAUCUGCAACAGAAAAAACUGCAUUCUAUUCAACUAAAAGACUUGGAAGAUGAAAUCGAUUUUUUGAAUAUGAAAAGAGUUGAAGGUUCAUUCAACUAUGUAUGUCACUCGAAAAAGAGGAACUCAAAAAAGAGGUGA